GAUCACCCCCAGCCCUUCCUCGAAAGCCUCCUUCGAAGAUACCGAGAUUUAUCUCGCUCUGUCUAUUUGGUGAACCACUGAUCUCAGCCACGCACCCACGCCCUCGCCAGAUCCCCUGAACCGCUCCCGGCGGCGAUUCAUAAACAAACUUCACCAUGGCAUCUAAACCAGCUAUUCCCCCAGCUCCAACGGCUACCGGACCCUCGACUACAUCACGUAGACAACCUAUGCGUCAAGCCCGCGCUAUCCGGAAGAACGCCUCGAACUCCAAAUUAGGCCGAGGAGCAGCAAACGGGGUAAACGGCCAGAGUCCACCCUCAAACGCGCCUCCUGCGAAAUUCUACCCCGCCCUUUCACAAUUUACCGAUGCAAUAGAUGCUUUACCAUCCGAGACGAUACGACAUUUCACACUGCUCCGCGAAGUUGAUGCGAAAGCUUGCGGGCCAGAAACUAACCUACGAGCGUUGAUUGAGUCUGCCAAGUCGCUGCCUGCCCCGGAAGAUCCGUACGAGCUUGAUCCUGCAAUCGAGGCGUUAAAGGCCCUUGAAGGACUACAGCAGCGAAGAGAUGACUUCACUGCUGAUGCAGAGCAGUUGGAGACACUUCACCACCUAGAGACGAUGCAGGCUAGCGAGGGUCCGGGGUCAAAAACAAUCCUUGGGCACCCGGAGACGCGGCGAGCGAGAUGUGCACAAAUACGGGCGCAGAUCUCAGAUCUUCUCAAGACCCAGGAUGAGAAAAUUCACGUCAUUACUACUGCGAAUGAGGCGUUACAAAAGCAUCUUCAACGAAUCGAGCAUACCUUCGGGUAUGUGCAGAUGGAAAUUCCAGACACGUAUCGCCUGGGAAGCACAGAGCACUGGGCAUACAAGGAUCCAGUCAAGAAGGGGGCACUUGCGGCACAGGCUAGAGCUGCUGAGAGAGCACAGAGGGAGGCGGAGGAACGGCAUAAUCAACAACAACGGGAGAUAGAAACCUCUAAUACUCGCUCAGAAACAAGGCGCGAAGCACUUGCAAGACAGAAAGCAGCUGCUGCCGCUGCCGCUGCCGCUGCCGCCCUAAACGACGAAGAGGAACAAUCUACACGAGAACAGAACGUUCAGCAGACCCAGCCUGCCAAGAAGCUUCAUGGUAACUCUAAGAUUCGGAAGGAGCAAGAAGCCCUGGCCUCGGCAAAACGUAUGGCAGAACAUCAGUCCGCGACUGGAACCGGUGGGAUGGUUCCAGCGUCCAGUCCUGCGGUACCUCCUCAACAACCAAAACGGCGAAAAACUACCAAUAAUAAUAAUACAAAGGAGGGACCAGGCUUAGCUACAGCUCCGAACGCAACAGCGGGUGAUAAACCACCCACUGUGGAGCUAGCGGCCAAAGCUAUUUCUAGUCCUAGGCUAGGGACGCCGUCCGCUGGAAGUAAGAGGGGGGGCAAGUCAGGUACUACGGUCGGUGGGGGCAGGGGAGGGCGAAGGUAAUUAUUUCCUCAUUUCUCACUGAUCUCCCUUCCAUUUACUGUAUCCUUCUUUACAUGUACUCUAUGGUUCAGUGGCCAGGCAGUACCCGGAGAUGCUUUCAGUGCUUUCUUUAUUUAUCUUCUUUCACACAGAAGCAUGCGAUCCCCCACCAGUCUUAUGCCUAAUCUAUAGUUCAUGUAUUAUUAUGCUUUUGUUAGGGAGUUGUGGUUGUUAGGGCGUCUUGGAGGAGUUCUUUUCUUCUGUAUAAUUUAAACUGGGCCAAGGCAGCUUUUAUAGUGUUUAAGGGGUGGCUCUACAAGAACGCGCACGGACCUCAGCCUCACUUUUGACCCCCUUAUGUCAGCCUGGUUUUUGUCAUUUUAUUUGGAUCUUUGCCGAAGUUUUAUUUCCUGAUUUUCUGCUUCUGUUGAUUGCAUUGAAGCUCUUCUUUAUUUUUAUUUUUAUUAUUAUUUGACUUUCCCUUUUUUUUGUUGGCCGAUUGCUAUUUUGUUCCCCUCUCCCCUAUCUCAUCUUGUCUGAUGUUUUGGAAUCCGGGGGGUUUUUUUUCUCUGUAAUCGCGCUACAUCACGCGACGGGAUGUUCCGAAAUAGGAUGAGCGGCUGACGAUCUGGUUUUAGUAGGAACCCGGGCGGACCCGCGGCAUCGCCUAACCUUGCAUCCUCGCCAACCUACUCAGCCUUCCCCACUUCUGCGGGGUUUGGAAAAGAAGUUAUUUCAAACACGAUCGGGAAACCCUCAGACAAACAACUUGAUAACUCAUUCUCUCGGCCUCCCGAACCUGUCAAAUCAUCCAGUGGCGGUAAGCCUGGGAAGAAGGAUAAGGAUAAAGAUAAGGAUAAAGACAAAGACAAAGAGAAGGAGAUGGAGAAGGGGACCGCUAAGGAUGAAAGCAAACGGGCUUCCGGAGGCGCUCUAGGGAAAGAAGGUAAACUUACUAUAUCUACCCCAGGUACUCCUGCCCUUGUCGGAAAGCCUGCGGAGGACGUGAAAGAUGUCGCAGGUGAAGAUGUUGUCAUGUCAGGCACGAGCGAAAAGACCCCUAUGUUCCCACCAGCAGAAUUAGGGGUGCCAAAGAACGGCUCCACAGUUAGCGAGCCUUCGGAGAAGCCCAACAAGAAGAAGAAGGAACCAGUCGUAGCUGAUACAACGGAGGAGGUGUCCCGCCAGGAGGAAUUAUCGAGAAAAGAUUUAGAGAAGAGGCCCUCUGAGGCUGGCGAGAAAGAAAAGAAGCGCAAACGAGUCGCCCACGACGACCACGAUAACGUCCCAUCAUCUGCUCCCCCAACGAUCACCGAAGAGAAGAACAAGUCUCACCACGCGCCAUCAUCUUCAUUUGUCAAGACUCGCCCAUCAACGUCAGAUGGUGUCCCAUCUGCCGCCGUGCCAACUCCUUCAUCCAACAAACGACAGCAGCGCAAACGUGCUGAUUCUUCUGCUGCUGCUAUGAGCAGCGCCAAAAUGAAGGUAGAGGAACCGGAGGAGCCACCAGCAGCAGAGGACGAUGCGGAUGCGGAUGCGGAGGAAGAUGCUGAUGAGGAUGAGCCAGUCUAUUGCUAUUGCCAGCAAAUCUCAUACGGUGAAAUGGUGGCCUGUGACGGAGAGAAUUGUCCAAGGGAAUGGUUCCAUCUUGCUUGUGUAGGGCUCUCCCAGGCGCCCAGGGGCAAAAGUAUAUCCAAUCCUAUCCUGGUUUGGUAUUGUUCUAGAACAUGUGCUGACUCGGGUGUGACAGCAAAAUGGUACUGCAGUGACUGCAAGGAGGGCAUGACCAGAGGCCGAAGGCUUGGUAGCAAGGCAUAG